AUGAAAACGUUUGCUCUUUUAUAUAAAUUGAAUGUAAAAGAAGACAACAAUGAAAACGAAACAUUGUUUUUCUCCUUGUAUAUUCAUAAUGAUUAUAUUUAUGUAGGGUCAACUAAUGGAAGAAUAUUCAUUUUUAAAAAGAAGGGAAAAGUUUUCUUUGAUCAAGUUAAAUUUGUAAAUGUAAUUAAGUUUGCCACAGAUGAUGUUAUAACUAAGAUAUGUGUUGUUGAAAAUUUGUGUUGGUUAAUUUGCGGUACUGAAAAUGGUUCUAUAUUUGUUAUAAAUAAUAAGGAAUAUCUAAAAAAAAAAAAAAAAAAAAUAGAUGUACUAGUAGAAGAAGGUUUUAAGUUACCAAAUGAAUAUCAUUAUAAUUCCAUAACAUGUAUUAAAUAUUUAAUAAAAAAAAAUGGUAACCAUAUUUACAUUUUUAUUGGAGAUAUAGAUGGAGUAUUAUCAUACAUACUAUUAAAAAAAAAACUUACAAAGAAUAAACAAAUAUACAAUAAACUACUUGUUGAUAAAAUAAAUGGACCUAUUAGUGAUAUAGAAAUAUGUUCACAUUUUAUCUUAGUUACAUGUGAAAAGAAUAAUAUUCUUAUAAAAUUGGAUGAUAUUUUAUUAUAUAACAAAAAAGAAGAAAUAUACUAUAAAUGUAUUGGUAAAAAGAAAGAAAAUAAAAAUUAUAAAUCUAUUUUUUUGAAAUGUAAAAGGAAUAUAAAAAGUCCUAUGAUUUUAAGCUUAAGAAAAAAUGGACGUAUAUGGAUUAGUAAAGAAGAUAAAGUAUUAAAUACUUUAGUAUUUUAUUAUUCUUUUUUUUAUUUUUUCUAUUUAUUUUUUUUUAAUAAAAAAUUAUAUGUGAAUAAUUACAUCUAUGAAUAUUAUAAAAAUUAUUUUUUAAGCAAUUCAUAUUUUGUUCAGUUGUUAGAUAAUAUUAUAAAUCAGUUCUCCAAUUUUACGUUUCCUUCCAAACCUAACUUAAAUGUGUUUUAUAAAAUUAAUAAGAAAUAUUUUGUCUUAUUCGAGCAAUUUGUUACUUAUCCUUUUUUUAAGAAGAUAAAUGAAGGAACAGAUAAUUUAACAGACCCAACGAGAGAUGACAGGAUUAAAAUAAAAGACAUGUUGACGAAGGAUAUAAAUAAUAUAAAGGCGUAUUUAAAAAAUAAGUUGAAUGAAGUAAUUAAUAAUAAUAAUAAUAAUAAUAAUAAUAAUAAUGAAGAAAUGGUUUUAUGCAUAAAUUAUAUCUACGAAUGGUUGAAUGAGGCUGAACAACUAUUGAAUAAUUUUCUUGGCAAAAAAUUGUUUCUUUUUAAUAUUAAGAGCAUACAAAUUCAGGAUAUCUUGGAUCUUAAUGUAUCCUUUUUAUCAAACAUUAAAAUAGAAAAUGUGGAUAAUAAGGAUAACAACAGAAUAAAUGAUAAUACAAGUAAUUAUACAAAGAAUAAUAUGAAUAAUCAUAUAUGCUAUAAUAAUCUAGGUGAUAAUAAUAAUGUGAUAAACUAUGAUAAAACUGAAGAUAAUAAUAAUAUAGAAGAAACAAAAAAUAAUGAGAUACAUUAUAAAAAUGUUAAUUCUAAAAAUAUUUUAUAUGAACGUUAUUUUAAGGAGGAUAAAAUUGUAGACUCAUUUAUAUUAAAAGAUAAAUUAUAUAUAUUAUAUUUUAAUAAAAAUUUGAGAGAUGAUAUUUAUGUUGCAUAUAAUAUGAACAAUGGUCAUAAUGUGUGUACAUCAUUUAGUGAUAUGAAUAGAUCUAGUGCAGAGAAGAAAAAUAAUAAAACUACUAUAUCAACAAAUAAACAAUUUAGUAAUUCAUCUAAUAUUAUAAACUGUAAUUAUAAGUUAUCACCAUUUUAUUUUUGCGAAAUACAUUUUGAAAAAAAUUGUGAACUAUUAAAAUAUUUAAGGUGUAAUAUAGAAAACUCAUUAAAUAUCGAAAGAAAUGAAUUUUAUUUUUUUUAUUUUUAUAUUCUUAUGUUCCAUAAUUAUAUUAAAGAAAAAAAGAAAGAAGAAAAUUAUGAAGAUAAUUUUUUUGACAUCAUAGAAAAUAAAAUGAAUAUAAUAAAUAUUCCAAUAAAUAUAAAAGAUAUUAUACAAGGAAAAUAUUCAAAUGAUAUGAACAAGAUGAAUGAUAUAGAAUUUAUAAAUAAUAAAAAUAAAUUGAAACAAUUUUUAGAUAUGACACCAAUGGAUAAUAUACUACGCAAAAAUAUAGAAACACUAAAAAUGAAUAUUAGAAAUUUACUACUUUAUUCUACAAAUGAAAUGUAUACUUGUUUAUUAACUGAUAAGAAUUAUAUUUUUUCAAAUUAUUUUUUUUAUCCUUCGUAUUAUCAUAAUGUCAGAGAAUUUCAAUAUUUACAUUACCAUAUAAAGAAAAUAAAAAAAUUAUAUAACAAGAUGAAAAUAAUAAUGACAAAGUAUAAAUUUAUAUAUCAUGAAAUUCUUACCUUUUUUGUUUUCUCAAAUGAUAAUGAAAACUGUGUUAUACCAGCCCAUUUUGAUAAAAUAAAAAAGAAUAAAAAGAACAUGCAAAAUGAACACACUAAUAGGAUCAUUUCAAAAUAUCUCAAUAUUAUACAAAAUGAUGAUCAAUUCUUAUACAAGGUAUUAUAUUAUUUUAAUUUAUUCAUAUAUCUAGAAAUUAAUAUAACAACAUAUAACAUGAGAAAUAAUACAUGCCUGACAAAUUUUCCAGUUUUAUAUAUGGAAAGGGAUCAUAUGGUUAAUGAUAAUAUAAGAGAGGUAAGAAAAGAGAACAAUUAUGUAAAGGAAGAAAUCAAUAAAGUAAUAAAAAAUGAACAAAUUAAUAUUCCUAGUGAUCUUCAAAAUUGUUUUCAAUAUAAUGAUAUGAUUAAUCUAACCAGUUCUAAUAAUACUAAACAUUUCAUUAAAUGUAAGGCGGGGGAUGUCAGAAAAUAUUUUAUAAAAACGGAUAAAAAAAAAUUACUAUUAAAAAAUAAAAAGAGUUGUAAUAAAUAUAAUAUUUUAUAUUUGUCUCCUUUUUAUUACUUACCAGAAAAAUUAUUAUUUUUCCAUAUCAACAAAUUUGUAAAUACUAAUCGUGUACAUAUAAAUAAUUAUUUAUGUACUCUCCAAAUUUUAUUAUAUAUUUUUAAAAUGAAUGAGAAUAAAUCUGUAUUUAUGAAAGGAUUUAAAAAAUUUCAAAGUUUUAAAAAUAAAUAUACGUACAACCAUGAGCACUAUAAAAUAUUAUAUAAUAAAAAAAAUAUUUAUGAUUUAUAUGAUGAGAACAAAAAGAAAUAUAUAUUUUUAGAAAAUUAUGAAUAUCAAAAUAUUAAUAAAUCCAUAGGAAAUAAUGAUAUUAAUAAUGUAAUAGAUCUAAAUAUGUCAUGUUAUAAUAAAUAUAUAUACAAUAAGACAGAUUUUUUAAAUUUUAUAUAUAUAUAUGAUAACAUUAGAAAUAUAUAUAAUAAUAAUAAAUAUUAUGACAAUAUUAAAAAAAAUAAUAAUCUUUCAAUUGUUGAUUUCUUAAACUGUUCAAAAAACGUUUAUUAUUAUCAUCAAGUUAUAGACGAUGUAUAUGUUGUAAAUAUAAAUAAUUACAAACAACAAAUAUAUGAAUCAUUCUUAUUAUAUCAGUAUUUGUUAGAUAGAUGUUCCUUUUAUAAUAAUCUAUCAUCAUAUCCUUCAAGUGAUAUAAGGUUUAAUCAAUCAAAUUAUUUUAUGAAAUCACUAAUAUUUAUUAAAGAAAAUAAUAUGAAGAAAAUAAAUACUAGUAUUUAUAUAAAAGAACCACAUUUUAAUGAAGUUAAUAUAAUAUCUAUGGAAGAUGUAAAAUAUUAUGAAAAAUUAAAUAAACAAAUAAUAAAUAAUAAUAUAUUAUUAUUAGAUAUUUUUUUAAGUACCUACAACAAUAUAUCUAACAAUUCAAAAAUGGAAUUAAAAAAUGUUAUAAAAAAAUUUUCUACAUUUAAUACAUUAGGUGAAUAUAUAAAUUAUAUACAACAAAAUGAAAAUUUAACAGAUGAUAAUAUGUAUAAUUUUGAAAAAGAAGGAAAAAAAAAAAACAAUUUGUUCUUAUAUAUUUAUAAAAAUGAACAUAAUAAAAAUCAAAAUGAUCAAUCCAAUUUUUAUUAUUCAUCUAUGUUAUAUGAUAAUACCUUUUAUUAUAAACCUAAGGAUUCUAUAAAUUUGAUUGAUUUGAUAUCUUAUAAUAAUAGUAUGGAUAAUAAUAUUUUUUUUAAAAAUUAUGGAGAGAAUAAAACUUCUUCUUUUUUUUUAAAAGAAUAUAAGGAAGAAUAUAUGAAUGUACAAAACCAAAGUAAACAAAAUAAAAUCAAAGUAUCAUCCAUGAUAGGAACAACUGUUGAUGAAAUGAAGAAAAAAAAAAAAAAAAAAAAAAUUAUAUAUAUAUCAAUUAAUAAUUAUAGAAAUAAUAAAUUAUUAAAUUAUAUGAACGAAUUGAACUUAAUAAUAAAUGAAUAUAUAUAUUUAAAUAAAAAAUAUAAUUGUAAUAGCUCGUCUUUUUCUAUGAACCCUACUUUUUUCACAGAUAUAAAUUUUUAUCAACUUAUCAAAUUGUUAUAUAUAUUAUGUAAACAAAAAUAUAUGUAUUACUUUUGUACAAAAACAAGAAAAUAUAAAAGGAAGAUAAAUUGUAGAAUAAAAAAUUAUGAUGAAUUAUCUUGUCAUCAGAAAAAUCUACAUAAUAAUAGAACAAACAAAUAUAGAAUGAACACCAACAAAUUGAAAAAAUAUAUAUAUCAAAAUGUAUAUAAGUUAAAUAAUAAAAAGUGUAAAAAUGACGAACAUGAUUCAUUUGUAUAUAAACAAAAUUUUAAGGAAACAAAGAAAAAUAGGAAAACAAAUCCUCUUUUGAUAUAUAUGAAUGAAAAUUUUUGUAUAGAUCUUUUAAUUUAUUUACAAAAAAAUUAUAUAAUAAAAAAAUGUACGGAAAAAAAUAGAAAAAGAAUUUUAUUACUGUUAUUUAAAUUAUCUUAUAUAUUUAUUUGUUUGAAAUGGAAUGAAGCAUUUUGUUUAUUGUUAAAUAUAUUUAAAUAUGAAAAUGAUGAAAUCUUAUUUGCUUUAUUAAUAUUAUCCAAAUAUUCAUUAUCUCCAAAAAGUAAAAAAAUAGAAAAAUCUGAUGAAAAGAAAAAUCAGAUAGAUAAUAAUAAAGUAUGGACACAAAAUAUUACAAGAAAAAAUAAGAAAGGUUAUCGAAACAUUUCAUUGUCAUUUGCAGAUAAAUUAUUUAAUAAUAUAUAUGAUAAUUUUAUAAUAAUAUUAAGAAAACAUAAAAUGAAAUAUGAAAACAUAAUAUUAUCUUCCAUAUUACAUAUUAAAAAUGUUAGUAACAAUUUUUUAUUAAUAAUAAUGAUGAUCAUAUUUUUCUUUUUUUUUAAAAAAUCAUAUUUUAUAGAAAGUCUUUUUAAAGACAAUAGGACCAAAAAAAUAUUGAGAAAUUAUUAUUUAUUAGAAUAUUUCUUCUUUAAAAGUAAAAAAAUACAUUUCUUACAAAAAAAUCAAAUGUUUUCAUUAUCUUAUUUUAAAUCAUUUAAUACGAAUGGGUAUGAACUAUUUGUUUAUGAUAUGUUUUUAAAAUAUACUUUUCAAAUGUGUUAUGAAUUAAUAAAUUUUCAAGAUAUCAAUAAUUUUUUUGUAUUAAUAAAUAAUACUUUAUAUUUUCAUUUUGUAAAAUUAAUAUUAUAUUUAGAUACACAAAAUUAUUGUCUAAAUUUAUCUAAAUAUCAUCAUUUAUUUUUUAUUAUGUUAUCUUAUUUUUAUAUUGGAUAUUUUAUGUCUAUUAAUAAAUGGUUGCAAAAAAUUGACCAUAUAUUUAUUUCUAUUUUGUAUAAAUUUCAAAUGCUUAAGGAAGAAGAAGCUGAAGAUAUAUUCAACUCAUCAGAGGAUAUAAAAAAUCGCUUAAAAUAUAAAGGAAUGCUUAUUAUAAAAAAAGACGCUAAAAAUAAAGAGAACGAUAUUAACACUUUUAAUAAUGAUAUAAAGAAUUGUAAAGAACAUGAAUUUAUAAAAAGUCAAGAACCAAAUAUUUCUGAAAAGAAAAAGGAUAGUAGUAUUAUUAAAGAAAACAUAAUUAAAUCCAAUUCAGUUAUAAUAUUAGAUAAAUAUAAUGAACAAGAAAAAAUAAAAAACAAUAUAUUAAAUAAUAAUGACAUUUUAUCGUUUCCAUUAAUUCCAUUAUUUUACCCUCAUCACGAUCAACCCCUUUUUUUAAAAAAUGAACAAGAAGAAAAUAAAAUAUAUUAUAGUAUUAAUUAUUUGAUAAACUUUUUUUAUGAAUUGUUAAUAAAAUAUUUAUGUGAAUUAGAUUAUAAAAUAUAUAACAGUAAAAUAGACUUGUAUAUAUUACAAAAUGGCAAAAAUUCAAAUUUAUACAUAAAAAUUAAUAAUUUUGUUAAUUCGUUUUAUGGAACAUGUACCUUAAUGUAUGGUAUAUAUAAUGAAAAUUUUGAUGAUGGAAAUAAGAAUAAUAGUGUAUAUCAGAAUUAUAAUACAGAUAAAUAUUAUAAUAUCUAUAAUUUCAAGAAAUAUCAUAAUGACAAUAAUAAGAAGAAAAUAAAAAAAGAUCGUAGUGAUAUAUAUUAUAGAAAUGUAGCAUUUAAUACAAAAAUAAAAAUAUGGGAUGAAAAAAAUCCUAUUCAUUUAUUCAUACAAACGAUAGAUUUAUUUUUUAGUAUAUAUUAUACUUUAUUUACACUAGGCUUAAGUUUAUAUGAAAAAAAAAAAAUUUAUGUAAAUAGAAAAAAACAGUAUAAAAAGUAUUUAUUAAGUAUCAUUUGUGUUUUGUUCUAUAAUAUAACGAAUAAUGAAAUUAGUACAAAGGAUACGUUGAUAUUUUAUAAACAUAAUAUGGACAACAACAACAAUAAUAAUAAUAAUAAAGAUAAUAAUUGUUAUUUUCAUUUCAAGAGGAAUAUUAUAAAAAGAGAGCAAUAUUUAAAUGUUAUAUGUUGUGUGUUGUGUAUUAUUCAUUUUAUUAAUUAUUUUAAAUAUGUUAAGAAAAACAUUAUAAAAAAGUUCAUUUUCAUUAUCGAUUAUCUUCUUCUUAAUCAUAAUUCUUUUUAUUUUAAAGAAGAUUAUCAAAAAUGUACAAAUUCAGAAAAAAAAAAUGAAAAAAUACAUAUUCAUAAUAUUUAUAAAACAAUUAUAAAAAAUUUACCAAAACAUGUCAAGUCAAUUACCAAAGAUAAAGAAAAAGACACAAACUAA